AUGGCUUUUCCUUCAUCUCCAAAUACACCUUCACCUACAAACGCAAGCGAAUAUAAAUGUAACGUAUGCCAAAAACUAUUUAAAAGUAAUGCAGGAUUAGCUCGUCAUAAUACUAUUAUCCGAAAGUAUAAUAUUCUUCGUAAAGGACUCCCAGUGGUGCCAAAAAAUAUAACUAAACUUUUUAAAAAUGAUUUAAUCUAUUUCAUCCAUCGUCGAUUGCCAAAUGGCUUAAAAAAUUCUGGAAAAAAGAUAGUCUCGGUUCCAUGCAGUGAAAGUCAAUUUCAUGCAAUUUUUAAAAAUCAUAUACACUAUUACUCUAAAAAAUCUGGUGUUUACAAGUGUUGGUUUCGAGAAAAAGAGGGAGGAAAAAAGUUAAACAAGAUAUUUGAAAGGACAGAUUGGAGGACAAAAAACUACGACCAAAAUCAAAAAACUUAUGUUGUUUUAACUGAUAACCAUAACUCGUCACGUGAGCUUAACCCGUUGGCAUUAGCUACUGCUAAAAAUAUUACUAUAAUAAAAUCAAAAAAGUCUCCCACCAAAUGCCAGUAUGGUGACGUGAUGGUAGAAUGGAAAUAUAGGCGUGAUAAGGAAGCCAACGGAAAUAUAUGUACUGCAGAAUUUGUUUAUUUUCAUUUUUACACGAAACAAGCGCACAUUUUAGUUUCAAAUUCUUAAAAAAAAAAAUAUAACUGACGUUAAAAAUAAUUAAAAUAGAAGUAUCAUGUAGAUUAAUAAAAUAGAAAUGUAAAAAAUCACGAAUA